AUGGAUACAACCGAUAGGAAAGAGCUUGAAAACAAACAGCUCAAGGGUCGAUUGAUGGGGAAACUAUUUGGAAAGGAAAAGAAACCAUCCUCGGCAGAAGAGGUAUCCGACUUUCUUCAUGGACCUACCGAUAAAUUGUACACGGCCUCAUACACCGCAGCAUCGAGUACCCCUCCUCGACCGCCUGUCCUUGGUCGAAUCGAUACAUCCAGCGCACGACGUUGGCCCACCUCGGCCGAAGUGAAUAAUGCCAGGCGCAAUCGAUCUGCGAGUCCAAAACGUAGUAGGAAAGGAUUGGUCGUGAGGUUUACAGAGGCACAACCAGAACUUAUUGGUGAAGGAGGCGAUGAAUGUGCUUCGCCAACAGCCGAUAUUGCAGAAGCUCUGCGAAGUCGAGCUGCAACAAUUCCACAGCAGAAACAAAACCGAAGACCAAGUCCUCUCCCCGCCUAUGGUUCACAGGGACCUGCCGACAAAUUUGGGGAUCCCGACAUGUUUAGACCGGGACCUUUACGACGUACACAAACAGGCUUCUCAACGAUAUCAGAUAAUGACUCUGCACCAGACGAAGCGUCUUCACCUAACGGAAACCAAAGAAACGAGGCGAGCUAUAAUGGUACUGCGAGGACCGGAUCGCAUAGCUCGUUUACUGCCAAGGCGGAAGCGGCGAUGCGUGCAUCAGAGGGCAAAGCAUUGGUAAGAGCGGUGUCAGGUCAUUCUGUAGAACGGGAAUCCGCGCUCGCAGCUUUGACAGGAACCAUUGCUUCUUCCCCACGAGAAGCAAAUAAUCCAAAUGCGAUGAAGAAUCCACCUUCAAGCUCUUCGUCAGGAUUACCGACGAAUUCGUUUGGGAGGCCGGAGACACCCAGCGACAGUGGGAAUUCAAACCCUACUAUCGCGGAAGAGAGCCCUAUAUUAUUUUCAGGAACUUCAACUACCAAUUCCGUUAGUGCGGUGGACAGUCCCCCUCCCCCCUCACGAGCCCCAAAGUUUAAUCUGAAAGACGCCGCAAUUGCCAUAGGGGAUGAUGCCCUUAAUGACUUUGCUAUACGCACGUCGCAUAUGUUCACGUUAUUUGAACUAUCAGCCGAGUCACUGAAACCACUCUCAUCAUGCUCACUCGAAGAGCUUGUCAGAGGUGCUUUAUGGUGGUUUCUCAGAGGCCGGUCCGAACUGGAAAGUAGUAUCAGAGAUCGAUCUACGACGCCAGAAGCAAAGCAGAACAGUUCACUUGCUCGUCAACAAGCUUAUGCAAAUUUGGCCAAGGUAUAUUGGCUAAUGGGAAAGAUUGCUCCCAAAUGUCCCGAGAUGACCAACCAAAGGACUGUAGAUACAUUGCAAAACGUUAUCAAUGAUGCUCUGGAAUCAAGACAAACAAUUUUAUCUGGCUUGAAGAAGCUGACAAUGUCUAUGAAACGCAACAAUAUUCUCCCACCGUCGGGCGAAGACGCACCGUUGCCCCAAGGUAUCGAUAAUCAGAUAUGGACGAGAGAUGAAGGCGACCGAUCAUUGCUGUCACUACAGCGACCUAAUACGACGUUGACAUUGUCUGGGGUUCUUCCUUUAGGUGACUCAGACACAAGUUUCACAUAUGGACGUCACUUUGUGGAUGUUUACCUGUUGGAGGAAGCAGCUUCGCAGCAUUAUCGCUGCCCUUGUCUUCUAUCUAUCGUUCGAGGAAAUAAUGAGGAAGACUUGAGUUUCGUAAUAACCAACCAAACUGGCACCCUGAAGCUCAUGAUUCAGCACGACAAAACUCGCGGUCCCACGUGGAAUGAUGUGUCUUGGAUGCAAAAGAACAACUCACUCAACAUCAAGCUUCCCCGAGGCUUCGAGCUUCGGAUCAAUUGUACGCCACAGGAUUAUAGGAGUCUCAGGGGCUCCUAUGAUUUCCAAAACAGUGUUCGGCAAAGUCUAGCUCGACUCGAGGACGAAGACAUAGUCUUUAAGAUGACCAUCAAAGCUUUCCAAUGUUUUGGCCAAGAAAAGCAAGCACAGUCAUUUCCGACAGAAGCUGUGCCGAAAUGCGAGGUAAGGUUAUUUGAAAAGAGCACUGUUGAAAAGGCAGCUACAGGCCCAAGAAAGAAGCAUAGGGGCUUUCGACUUGCUGUCAUGACUGGAAAGAUGACCAAAAAUUUACGAGGAAUCGAGAAAAAUAUCUUACCCACGACUCACAUCCAAUUCAGUUUUUUACGAGGUGAUAAUGGCCAUCCAGCACUUCUGUUAAAGGUUGAUGAUGGAAAUCCUAGGUCCUCAAUGGUCUUUACUUUUGAAGAUGCAGAUCAGAGGGCUAGAUUGCAUGCUCUACUCACGGGCGGAGUGAUAGGACGUGAAGAGACUGUAUAUGGUGAAACUCCCAUUCGAUCAUUUGUCAUUGAGGAACCAGGAGGCCUAGCGCCGCGCCUCGCAGGCUUGGAAUGGCAAAGUGUCCGAAUAAUCAAUGAAGAUGCCUUUGAUAUCCAGACCACCAAGACUGUUCUUUCGGAACAUUUAAGAGUUAUUAUGGAUUUUAAAACAGGUACACUCACAGACCGAUUCAACAUUGGACCUGGGGAGUUGAAACUUCGACUUGAUCUUCACUCAACCAAUGAAUUAAAGAUACUGAGGCAACCUCAGCACGAUAUGACCAUAAUGGCGACUCAAGCACAGGCGUCAAAUCAGUCUACCAAGGAAUUUGCUGAAGUGCUGGGGACAAUUGCGAGAGCAGAAACAACCCGCACUUAUGUCUUCCCCAGCCUGAGAGAACUUCAUCUCUUCCAAACAGCAUUGACAGGAUUUAUUGUUGUUUUUGAUGGCAGGGCAUCAUCUUUCAACAUUUCGCGGCGAAGAAUGGUGGUACCCAUCUACAAAAAAUGGGAUGCUGCCAUAACUAGAUUGCAAGUGGUUCAAAAAGAAAGAACCGUGCAAUUGCUUGCUUUCUUUGAAAAUUUUAAUCACGGGGACUGUAUGGGCUUCACUUUGAAAUCCACCGAUACAUUUGAGAGCUCAAACAAGAGUGGAAGGUUCUCUCUACGCAUUGUUGACGCAAAGUUCUCUAUGCCAAAGCCUCGUGGUGAAGGACAAGAUAGUGGUUUCGUCAACUUGGAUAUGCCUGACUACCCCGGCGAGCAUGAUGAUAUCACAGUAGUAUUUGAUACGGAGGCGGAACGCGAUACAUUUACCAAAUCAUUACCCGCGCCAGUAAAAAUGGCUUCACGAAUGGGAUCAAUAUUUGAUGCAUCUCUUGGAACGCAACUCCGUAUCCUGACCCCCUGUGCUACUAGGGUGGCUUGCGCGGAAACCCGCAAUUACGAGAUCCACGUCCAACUUCCUCCGUCAGUACAACCUCCAGCUUCUACAGCAAACCAACAAAUCUCCAUCGUUUUCUUCCAUCCAUUUUCUCGUCGCUGGGUACGGUCACUCGUACUACCAAUGCCAGGAAAUUCGAGAUACGAAGCUCAGGUCAAUGCGAAUUUCUAUGUUGACCAUGAUCGAACGAGUCGUCCGAAUACCAUAUUGACGAUGUCUGCGGCGGACUGCUGGGAGCAAGAAAGGAUACGGGGGAGGAGAUAUAAAGGCGAACAGUACUCAAAUCGAACGCAUCCAUCGCCGCCAGCCUCUGUCCAUGAGCAAAGACAUGUACCCUGUCCUUGGUUCGGAGCUUCUCCAAAGACCUCUUUCAGUGUCUGGGGAAUUAUUGUUGUGUUGAUCUCAACGUUCUGGAUCGCUCCUGUGUCCGCCGUAUUCAUAGAGUUCUCGAACUGCUUGGAAGAGAGUUACCAGGGUAACGAGCCUUAUGAAUUACAAUUUGUUCCCUAUUUCCUAUGGGCAGUUUUCAAUACCACCGAACCAACUCAUAACCUUGCGGUUCAAGUAUGGGGUGAUGUUAAGGGAUCGGGCCCGGGGUCACAAACAUCUCGUCCACCUCUAUCCAACGAAACAGCAUACUGGCAGAGCAACUCAUCCGACACCUACAAUGGCAAGAUUGCAGACGAACCAGAACCAACAUCUCAGAAACUUACAACGCUCUCUAAUAAAGUCACAGUGCUAACCUAUGAGCCAUACAAUGAUUAUGUAGAUUUCUGUAAUCAGCUUGUCAACGGCACAUGUCCUCUUGGCCCUUCUUUCAAUGCAUCAAGGUGGGAUCCAUACACUUUUCCCUCUUUUGGAUUCAACAACAACUUCUACUCAUCGUAUGCUUUCACUUCGUUCACUACUACAAUGGUGAUCAAGAACGGCGAUACUGCUGCUACCCCUAUCGGCUGUAUAUCAGCCGAUAUCACGCCCGAUAUUGGAAGCAAUUUAGCUGGGGUUGUAAAGUAUAUCCCUAUGGUUGUGCUCGUGUGUGUGGGAUUUGCAACUGCUUUCGCAGGUAUAUACAGUCCUUGGGGUACUAAUGAUAUCUUUCGAUGGACAACAAAUUAUGGCCGAGAUGCCGAUCUUCUCCGUUUGGUUACACCUGGCUUCGGCGAUUGCUUACAAUACAUCCAAUUCAUUGCUCUUACCGGGGGCCUGACGCUCGACUACCCUGGUUUUUAUCAACCUAUUGUUAGUAAAGUCUCCUGGUCGUCUUUGAUGUUUAACGAAAGCUUCGUUAGCAAUACCUAUAAAGACAGCCUGGUAGAUGGCAUAUACGUAGUGAAUGGAACCUAUGGUCUCGAUCGGAUGCGACAGUUGAUUGGAAUGGGAGAAGUCGACGAUGUCUGGGCCGGGAUGUCCGUCUGGCUUCUAGCCAUAAUUGGAGUCGUCCUCGUACUUAUUCAAACCGGUUUCGCAAUGCGUUGGGUGUGGAGACUUCUUAAGGGCACACAAGAAGAGGAUCUAAGGAAGAAAAACAUGCCAUUUUCUGUUGGAAAUGUGAUUCGCAUUGUGUUCAACUAUUUCUUGCUUCCCAUCGUUGCUCUUUCAAUGUUUCAACUAGUCGAGGCGUCUAAAUCACCAGCCUAUACGACCGGCUUGGCUUUACUGAUGCUAAUCGUGAUUGUCGUUUUUGCCAUCUACCUGCUAUACCUCAUUGCGACGGCAAGACCAAAAUCCUAUUUAUUCGAUGACCUUCCCACGGUUCUUACUUACGGAGCAUUGUACAAUACAUAUUCGGAUAAUGCGGCCCCCUUCGCCCUCGUACCGGUACUUCUGACAUUUCUCCGCGGUAUCUCAAUCGGAGCUGUUCAACCUUCUGGCAUUGCCCAGCUCGUUCUUCUUGCAAUCUGCGAGGUCAUCACGAUAUUGACAUUACAUGCAUUUCGCCCCUUCCAUUCGCCGACAUCAAUGAAUGCCUACCACACAUUCUUCGCCGCCGUACGUUUUUCAACCAUUUUGUUAAUGAUAGCAUUUGCUCCUUCACUCGGUAUUAGUCCGGGGCCAAAGGGAUGGGUUGGCUAUGCGAUUCUUCUCAUGCAUGCUAUUGUGCUCAUCCUUGGCUUCAUGCUGAAUGCAGUCCAGACGAUUAUCGAAGUUGCUGCCAGGCUUGCGGGAGCCGGGGGAGAUGAGAGCGGGGCUGCUAGAGGUGGUCUGUCUAAGGUGUUUGGUAUGCGACAGUUGUCUAGAAGGCUAUCUCGCCGGGACGCCACAUCGCGUCAAAGUCAGUUAUCAAGUGCCGCUAUGCUUUCCGAACAAGACAGAAAGUCAUAUUUAAGCGAGGGAGGCAGGCUUCGUAGUCAAUCUGCUGGCAGUGCUGGUAACUUGCUCAACAGACAAAGUACAAAUUUGGAUGGUCUGGUCGUAGAUGCUUUCGGUGCAAUGCCUACACAUCAUGUCGGCAGCGGUGCGCCCAGCUCUUGUACUCCAACAACACCAGGGGAGGCAAGUACAUUCUCGUUCUUACCGUCGGCUGCAGCGCCGACCGGUAGAGGACGUAAUAAAGGUGCCAUAUUAAGCCUGGACACUACUGACGCAGCUGAUCCUUACUAUCGGCCUCCCCGAUUCCGCCGGCCGACGGUAGAUGCUUAUUCCCCAGGGGCAAGGAGUCGAGGUUCGUGGGCUAGUGGUGAGUGGACCAAUAGGCGAUGGAGUCAACAUGAAUCACCACCCGCCGAUCCUGAUACCAUCGAGCCGUUUGAAGGACCUUCAAGUUCUGGCCGUAACAGUCCGUCUCCACAACAAGCACUAGACGGAGGACCACUGGAGCUCAGCCGAUCAAAAGCUGAUUACACUACCAGAGAGGUUGACUUCUACUACGGAGUUCGUGGACCUGCUCUGAACGCCGAAGCACCUAGCCGAAGAAUCAAGACUGGUCCAACAGAUCCCACAGGAAUUCCUGCCUCUGCCGCGGGCUGGUUCAAGGGCCUCUUCAAAGGUAAGACGAAGGAAAAGGGUAAAGGGUUCGAGGUGGUGAGAAGUUCAAGAAUGCCACCACCAGGAAUGAGUAACGCAAGAAAUGCACCUGGCGAUGAAUCGCCGCCAGAGGGGAUUCCAGUUGCCACGGGAGCGAUUCGACAUGGUCCGAUUGACUCCGAUUCUGAUGAUGAGGGUGAGCGGGCUGAUCCGUCAGGACAAGGUGGUCCAUCGCACGUGGAUGGAGCAGGUUCUGACGAUGGUGAAUUGGUAAGCCCUAUGGGAUCAGACGAUGGACAGAGCUACCAUGACGAAGACGAGUUUGAGAUGACUAGGAUUUCUGAUUUGCCUCCCUCGCUGCAAGGACUAAAGAUUCCCGAAGGCGGUAUGGAGUUGCCUAGUAGAUUUCCUUCCAAAGCGAGCUCAAGAGUCCCUCAUGGUUCCCGAGCUGGCGAUCCGAUACCAAAUAUGCCCUUAAGCCCUCCAGCUCGAAUACCCACAGUUCCGCGAAGAAGCUCACGCCGAAAAUCACAGAACACAAGUGUGGAUUUAGCCAUUCCUGGCAGUAGGCGCCACACGCCUCACAACUCUCUCACUUCGCGCCUUCCGUUCGAGAGGUCCAAUUCCAAUAAGCGACAUUCCGACAUAUCUGCCAAAUCUAGCAUAGGACCGCAUGAAGGAUGUGGGCAUUCUCGGAACACUUCUUUUGGCAAUUUCACAGAGGCCUACGGAAAUGAUCGGCCAACGAGUGUGGGAUAUGUUUCCCAGCACCACAUCCAUACCAUCAACCCUCCGGAGAACAACCCACAAUAUCUUGGCAGCUCUGCUGAACUGGUGGAUGGACGGAUUAGUGGAGGUUCAUCUAUUGAUCAUCCUCGAUGA